AUGGGGACAGCCAACACGCCAAUCCCGGGAUAGCCGUUUACUCGAGCUGAAGCCACCUACGCACUCAUGGCUCCCCGGACAGCAAACCGUGCCACACUUGGCAUUUGUCCAGCGGCCGAAACCCCUCGUAGACCUCAUUGCUGACAAUGCUGCGCGCCCACGCACCAUCGGAGCAUGACACCACCAAGCAGGCCGACGACGUGGCUGUGAACGUGCAGACUACGCCCGAGGACCAGCCGCUAUUGGCUCAGGACGAGCAGGACAAGGACAACCAGAAGAAGCCCGUGAAGGCCAAGAAGGCGGCCGUGGCGGCCGCUCCACCCACGAAGGUUUUAUUCCUAGACGGCGUGCGUGGCCUAGCUGCUCUAUUGGUCGUCACGCAACACUCGCACGAGUACAUGCAGGACUUGAACCUGGGCGCCGUUGCGGUGGACUCGUUCUUCGUACUGUCGUCGUUUCUACUCACGUGGCUCUUCAUGAAGAAGAGCAUCCGCAUGCUUAAUCAGGGUGCGGGAGUCCGCAAAUGGAUCUUCGCGUUGGCCGACUACUUCUCCAAGCGAUUCUGCCGCGUGUAUCCACUCUUUGCGCUCACAUGUAUCGCAUUGUGGUUCAUGGACGACGAGGACAAGAAGCGCUACUUUCUCAUUAAGCAGCCGGAGAACUACGACCUGUUCAGGACUCUGACGUUCGAGUUCGACUACCGCUACUUCGUCUUCUGGACAUUGCCGCUUGAAAUCUCCUACUACUUCUUCAUUCCCGUGUUUGUAUUGGGCGUUCUAAUGCUGCGUAAGCUCUGGUGGGUGCCGUUUAUCCCGGCGUAUUACUGGGUUAUCACUCAAGGCUGGACUGAAUACCGCACGAGCCACACGGUAAUGCAGCCUCAUAUCCCGACGUUUCUGGCUGGAUCGAUGGCUGCAGUGCUGUUCGUUAAACUUGACACGUGGAUCAAAGCCAGUGGAUUCCAGUUUCGAUUUAUCCACAAGCUUAUCCUGCGUACGGUCGAGUACAGUGCACUGGCGGUGUUUUUGAGCAUUGCCUUCCGUGGUCUGUUCUUCAUCUGGGUCCACGAGAACACGGCGCCCAAGACGCCCGGCUUCCCGUUCAUCAGUGUGCUUGUGACUACUGUAUUUGUGUGUGAAAUGCUGCUACCAUCGCCACUAUCGUCGAUUUUUGAGUGGAGUUUCCUACGCUAUUGGGGAAAGAUCAGCUUUUCCGUCUACCUGCUGCACAGCUUCGUCCUGUACAACAAGUCAGUGAGCUCCCAGCCGAACUAUUACUGCCGAUUGUUCUCUCGUUUUGGACUGCUCUGUAUCCUGACUACCACAACAUACCACUUGAUCGAGUAUCCGUCGCAGUUGCUGGCUCAGCGUAUUACCAAGGCGCUGAACGAACAGGAGACUAAGGGAUCAGGAGGUAUGACUGUAUUCUGGGGCGAAUGGGCGAAUCCUUCCAAGGUGUUGGCGCAGCGGCUGGCAGCAGUGCAGGAAGCGAAGGCCUCGGGCAAAUGGAUGCAGCUGCUUGGCCUGAAAAAAGAUACACCAGUUAAAGAGCAGCCACAUGAAUCAGCAGCUUAAGCUGUGUGUAAAGUGAUACGGGUGGACUUAUCCUGUUGUAUGUUGUGCUUUAACCUGUAUUAAAGCAAUGAAUUCAGUACAAUGUCUUCUGAAUUCACACCAUUACGAAGAGCGCCAGUCGAACUCAUGAAGUAAAUGUAUUUAGUUUACAGGCAAAAUGAAACAAAGAGCGCUAUCCUAUCGAAUGCACGAAGAUAAAACUCGAUACAGAUCUGUUUUCUAGCAGCUAUAACAGUAUUGAUGACGGAAGUUCUGGAUCGUGAUCUUGAAUACGGG